GCAAUGGCGGAAAUCAUAACCAGUUAUCAUAACACAAAGGGAGAGCUUGAGUAGACAGAAGAUUUGAAAAUGUUUUAUUUUUGUUUACGAAAUGGCUGUGACUGAAUUUCACUGAGCCAUUACAUAGACAAUAUAUUUGGUGAAAAGAUGGCUGAGCAAGGACCAUCACAAGAACUUUGGAAAAGUAGAGAGGCUUUUCUUGAAGUUUUCUUUUAUGGAGUUUCACAGUUCAUGUUUGAUCAAGCAAAAGAGCUUGUGGAUAAAGAGAAAGAGGCAACAAAAUUUCCUGCAAGUAUUUGGCUGCAAUUAUGUAGUGUGCUUACUGAUCUGGUCUCUGCAGAGAAGCUGUACUCCUCAUUAACAUACAUAGAGAGAAGACUGUUACGGAGAGAUCUGGUUCGACCACUUUAUGACAAGCUUCAAACAGACCUAAAAAGACUUGAACUGACAGGUGAAGCCUCCUUACAAGAGAAUAGUGACAUAACAGAGGCAAUGGCCAGUGAUCUAGCAAAACAGCUCUCACAAUUUAUAUCUGCUAGAAAAGAAAUGAUAGACUUUUACAUUAAAAUGGCAAAAAAUAGGUGGGAAAAUAAAGAAAGCGAAGAUCAGUUGGUUAAACUUAUAGACAAUAUUAUCGAAAGACACAACAACGAAUUUCACCAUCCAAUAUUGGAUUCACUGAAAACAGGCUUCAGCUUUGAAGCGGAAAUUGUGCAGUGUCUCUGCAAAGCUGAAGUGAAAAUGCAGCAAUGGGAUUUUUUCUCGUCUUUGUUACUUCUGUAUCAGUGUCAGACAGACUUGAAUUCAUGGACACAGCUAGUUGUUCCUGGAACAGUGAGAGAGAUAGCAGCUCAAACAACGGCUAAAAGUCCGGCAUCUAUGAUUGCAUCUAGAAAGAGCUGGCAUGCUCCAACUCUAUAUAGAUGGUUAUACCAGGUUCAACUGGCAGCCAUUUCAAAAUUCAGCCUGUAUUUUCACUCUACAUUGAGCUCACAAACUAAUCAAGCGGAAAUGAAGUUACUGACUGCAAAAACAACAGUCGACUAUUUUGCAAAGAUUACCACGUUCAUUCGAAAAAGUGAAGCAUUCAACGUUUCUUUAAUACUGGAUACAACAACAAUGGAUCACGUGGCACCUGGCCAUGGCUACUUUCUUCCCAAUAUUGAGCAUGAACGACGCACUGGCAAAGAUACAUAUCCUGCUAUAGUCAGUCUUUUAGAGCCACAACCGACCAGUCACUGGCCCAACGUCAUCUCGAUACUCAUUGAUCGAGCAGCUGAUUUGGCUCAUCCGGGUAGAAUCGUGUACUACUUUGAUGAUAAAGUCGGAAGCACCUACUACAUCAUCAAAGUCGACGUUCGAGUUUUUCUACUCGUCAUUUUCAACGUAAAGAAAAAGGAAAGAGACUCGCAUAUUUCAAAGUUUAUGACAGAGACAAGAUCACUACUGACCUAUGAGAGGAACUACCAAAUGCUGAAGCCAAGACAGGUGCAAAAGUUUCGAAAUUAAAUUAUUUGCAAUAAGAUGCGACUCCCCUCUUCUUUUUUACUUUCCGAAUGUACAAUGCUGUCAAGAUUUCUAUCAAAUCUAACAAUUUUUAAUUUAUAUCUAUUGUAAGUUUUCGAUUAUGAUAGAAUUUUGGUGUUAUUUAA